GCUACUGUUUUAAGUCAAGUCGAUGGAAGCAUGUUAAACCUGGUCAUCGAGGAAAUACAUUCGACUUGGCAACCAUACCUCAUGCGCUCAGUCCAAUCUGGCAACCCAACACGGGUGUGGAAAGCAGCUGUCGAUGGAGCUUCACUUCGGUACAAGUUUGCUGCCGUGCACAGUAAAAGGGGGCGGUGAAUAGUGAGAUUAAUCCCCCUUCGUUCUGUUUUAGUUUACUUUAACUACUUUAAACAUCAUUCUCCAAGACCAAGCUCUUUGUCUCUGACAUGGCUGCUAUUUCAGCCUGGUUCUGGAGCGAGGAUUUCUGGCUUCCUCACAACGUGAGCUGGGCGGACCUGGCGAAUCCCUCACCCGGGGUGGAGUACCCAAGAGCCGUACACCUUCUCAACGCGUUCCCGCUUGCCUUGGGAAUAUUCGUUUUUAGGAUAUUUUUCGAAAGGUUCAUCGCAGGUCAUUGCGCGCACCUCCUCCACAUCCAGACCGAGGUGAACCGGAGAGCCCAGCCAAAUGCCGUGCUAGAGAAAGUGUUUACAUCUAUCUCAAAGAGUCCAGAUAAACGCCAGUUAGAGGGUUUGUCUAAGCAGCUAGACUGGGAAGUGAGGAAGAUCCAGCGAUGGUUUCGUCAUCGGAGGAAUCAGGACAAACCCAGCACGAGGACCAAGUUUUGUGAGAGCAUGUGGAGGUUUACAUUUUAUCUGGGUAUAUUUACCUAUGGGUUCUGCUUUCUAUGGCAGUCUCUCUGGAUGUGGGACACGCGGCAGUGCUGGUAUAAUUACCCCUAUCAGGCACUUAGUCCUGGCCUGUAUCACUACUAUGUGACAGAACUGGCCUUCUACUGGUCUCUCAUGUUCUCCCAGUUUACAGACAUUAAAAGAAAGGACUUCCUGAUUAUGUUUGUGCAUCACCUGGCCACAGUGAGUCUGAUCAGCUUCUCGUAUGUGAACAACAUGGCUCGUGUGGGCAGCCUGGUCCUGUGUGUGCACGAUGCCUCGGACUUCCUCUUGGAGGCUGCCAAGUUAGCCAAUUAUGCCAAAUACCAGCGUCUGUGCGACUUCCUGUUUGUGGUAUUUGGUGUAGCCUUUAUUGGGACAAGGCUCAUCAUUUACCCCUUUUGGUGAGUGUGUGGGUGAGAGGGAGAGUGAGUGUGUGUGGGAGAGGGAGAGUGAGU